ACGUGCUCUCUCGUGGUCAAAAUGGCUUCCCCUCAGAAGGUCAGAGCUCUCCCUAACGUCCUCAUUACUGGAACUCCCGGGACUGGUAAGACUCUUACAGCAUCUCAAGUUGUUGAGAGGACGGGAAUGAGCUAUUUUAAUGUGAGUGAGCUGGCUAAAGAGGGAGGACUUUAUGAAGGAUGGGACGAACAGUUUCAGUCAUAUAUAUUAGAUGAAGAUAAGGUUGUUGAUGAGUUGAAUGAUUCUCUUGUCUCAGGUGGUUGUAUUGUUGAGUAUCAUGGCUGUGAUUUUUUCCCCGAGAGAUGGUUUGAUGCAAUAUUUGUCCUGAGAACAGAUAAUGCACUUUUAUACGAUCGUCUUAUGAAAAGGGGUUACAAUCAAGAUAAGAUUACUAAUAAUGUUCAGUGCGAGAUAUUCCAGACAAUACUAGAGGAAGCAAGAGAGAGCUACUCUCCCGAUAUAGUCAGUGAAUUGACGAGUAACGUCCCAGAGGACAUGGAAAGAAACGUGGACCUGAUUUGCCAGUUUAUAGCAGAUUGGCAGACAAAAAAUGAUAAAUGAAUAAUUAAUUAAUUUAAUAAUAAUUAAUAAUAACGA